AUAAGUACGGCUAUAGCAAGCGGAAUUAAUUUAGAAUUUCAAUUUCAAUUUCAAUUUAGAAAAGUGCAUUUUGUAUACUAUAUAAAUUCGUAUGUUUCAUUAAAUAAAUAAAUUCCAAAAAAAAAAAAUAAAAAUGGUUGUGCUUAGUAAGUUAUAUAGCGAAAGCUUACAAAAGAUGUGCUGCAAUGAAAUUAUACACUCGCGCGGUUGUACUGAUAAUCUAAUACAUCAGAUACCGAAAUAUAUACAGUCUAAUAUGAAGUAUUUUGCCGUAUUGACACUUUUGCCGCUAUUGCUGAAGAUAAAUAAGUUAAAUAGAAAAAUUGUGAAAGAUACUUUGACUUAUUAUGCUAAUACAGUAUUCUCUGGAUUUCAAUUAGCUGUCUUUAUUAAUAUACUAAUUUGCGCAUUUCGAAGACGUCCAGAACUCUUUGGACGUUAUAAUAUAAUGUUUCUACCAGUAUUUAUUAGUGGAUUAGCUAUACAUUUUUUUUGGGUUGCACCAAGAGUAAAGCAAUUAUUUGGAGCCAGCAUUUUGCAAGUGACUAUUGAUUCAGUAUGUUUGAGACGUGAAAAUGUUAUUACCCGAGCCAUUGCAAAUUCUAAAGGAGUUAGAACAUUAAUAUUUAUGUUUUGUAGUGCGAUUAUUCUCCAUGCCAAACAGAAAAAACUUUGUAAAACAUUUUGGAUCGUAACGCCAAAUGAACAACCCAUAAAGGAAUCAUCACCCGAGAUCGAAAAUAGCAAUAUACAGAUUUUCGAGAACGAAAAUAAUAAUAUACCGAAUUCACUAUGUAAUCACAAAACCAGCUGUAGGGCACAUGUUUUAACGGGUUUGCGAAAUUAUCUUACAAUUGGUCUUUCACUCGAUACCAUAAAAAUGGUGAUGAGCAGAAUUCCAAAAGAUGUACCUUAUAAUACAUUUAUUUCAAAACUUUGGGCUAAAUUAAAGAACUAUCAAUUUAAUACUACUGCAUUGUUAGCUGCAUCUGUAGGAAUAUACAGGAACCAUAUAUCUCUGAAUUAA